CCAUUCACUUCAAACUUGUCAGCGUUGCCAAGCAACGCCAGUGUACCUUUCAUGUGCAAAGCUAGCUAGAUGGACUUUUUUUUAAAACUGUCUUCCCUUUGACUGCUAACAAGUUAGUCUGUCGUCGAGUUCUUUUCUUUUAAUGAAAUAAUGAAUGAAACCGGCGAACAGUUUCCUUCCGCGUCGCUAAGCUCCUGCCUCCCAGGGUCCCUCACUGACGCUGCUUCAGCAGAGACCCCCACCUGCACUGAGCUGGAGGAAAACGGAGGGAUGGAGGUAAAGCAGAUGUCCUUGUACAAGAGGUCUGGGAAGAUAAAACAGCACAGCAAGAAGGAUGGUGUUUUAACCGCUGAGAUGAUUUCAAAUAGUAUAUUUCAACUCGGACGCUUUGGCACUGGGCUCCAGCACUCAUUCUACAUCCUUUCUCUGCCUAGUCACAAUCUCAGCGACAUAUCUGUGCUGUGCAGUUAUGUCCAUCUUCAAAAGCUGGAACUGCCACACAACAAAAUUCAAGAUUUAUCCUGCGUGAGCCACAUGCCCUACCUUGUCAUGCUGGACGCUUCCUAUAAUGAAAUCUCAAACUUCUUUGAAUUCCAGCCACCCAAGAACCUAAAGGAGGUGAACUUCUCCCACAACCGUAUGACUAAAAUGAGGGAUUUGUCAGCCUAUGCAUCGCUAACUAAACUGGAUCUAGACUACAACAGCUUUAGUGAGAUCAGUGGUCUUGAGCAAUGUUGCAGGCUCACCCAUCUCAGCCUGGCACACAACAAGAUCUCGAGGAUCAGUGGCCUGGGUGGUUUGCCUCUCACACACCUCUGCCUUAGGGGGAACCAUCUGGAGAAAAUUGAAGGGUUAGAGCACCUGAAGAGCCUGCAGGUUCUCGAUUUGUCUCAGAAUCGCAUCACCAGUCUUUCAGGCCUCGAGAACCUCCAUCUGCUAGGCUCCCUCAACCUGGAGAAAAACCUGGUCAGUGAAAUUCAAGAGUGCAAGCAUAUUCACGACCUUUUACUGUUGAGGGACCUCAGUUUGGUGGAAAACCCUGUGCAGGAGCAACCUGAUUACAAGCUGGCAGUCAUCUUCCUCCUUCAGCAUCUGACUGUGCUGGACCAAGAGGCAGUCACUGUUGAAGAAAAGGUGUCGUCAGUAAACAUGUAUGACCCUCCUAUGGAUGUGGUGGCAGCCAGGGAUCACAUAACCCAUCUAGUGUAUCAGCUGAUGCAGCCCCAGGUCCUUUAUGAAAGCAGUACACUUCCCAGUACAGACUUUCCCUACCCCAUGCUGGUGCUCACAGGUCCUCGAGGCUGUGGGAAGAGAGAGCUGACUCACAGACUGUGUCAAGAGUUCAACGAAUACUUUGCUUAUGGAAUCUGUCACACCACAAGGGGGCCGUACUUUGGAGAAGAGAAUGGACUUGAUUACCAUUUUGUGAGUGAGGAGGUGUUUCAGAGUAUGAUUCACACGCAAUGGGAAAUGUUCUUUCAGGGUAAGCUUAUCCAGACCAUCCAGUAUGGGGGACAUAGUUAUGGACUUACCAGAGAUGCUGUAGAGAAUGUGGCGAGAGAAGGAUUGGCCUGUUGUGUGCAUAUGGAGCUGGAGGGUGUUGUCAGUCUAAAGAAGAGCUACUUUGAGCCUCGAUACAUCCUGCUCAUCCCCACCCAGGUUGAAAAAUACAUAGGCCACCUUAAAGCCCGUGGACUCUACACCCAGGCACAAAUGGAUGCAGCAGUGUCACGUAUAGAGCUCUACGCCAACACCAACAGGCAACGUCCAGGAUUCUUCGAUAAUGUUAUUCCCUGUGAUGACUGGGAAGACGCCUACAAGACACUGAGACAGGCAGUGAAGGAAUACCUGUUGCUAGAGGAGCAGGAGGAGGGAGAGAACAACAACAGAGCAUCCCCUGACAACACCUCCACAGGUCAUAAUCCAGAAGAGAAGCCACUGUCGCCUGUGUCAAUGUCAGGAUCGACACUCACGUCACACUCAGCCAGAGCUCUGGACCCCUCUGAUAUCUCCUACAGAUCGUAUUUUACCAAGAUCCAAGAAGAGCUCCACCCUCAAAAGAGCUCCACUGAGCUAGCUUCUAUCAGGAGGCGUGAGCAGCUGGUGAGGGAGGCUAUAGUGGGGAAGAGUCCAGGGGUUUACAGCCAGCUCUUCAAAAGUUCUGCUCAACCAGCGCCGUCAUCUGUGCAUAAUGAUGAUUCUGGUAACAUUUUUCAAGAGGACAGCGGCUCGGAUGAUUCUCGUGCCAGCUCAGCUUUGUCUGUGCCCAGUUCAGCCGGUGCCUUCUCUGGCUUAGCAGAACCGCUACAUGUCUCAGUCAUGGGACAUGCUUCGGAAACACUUAAAGACCACGUUCCAUCCAGCCAAACACCUAAUGACCCCCAUCCAGGAGCAGAUCAACUAGCUGCAGCUGUGUCCCCCUCCUCUGAUCGACGCCCAGGGUCCAACGUUAAGCCCAUCCUGCCCCCAAUCCCCACUGGGCGCAGGACCCCUGCAGCACCCAGCCUAUCUCCUUCACCCAGCCCCAAACCAGGAAUGGAAGAGGAAGGAGAUGCAAACAUGGAGGGAUAGCUUUAAAGGGAUUUUGAUUUCUGGCACCUAAACGAAGUAAUCCAUUUUUGUAAGAGUAAGAUUUUGUAAGCAUUAGAUCAAAAAAUGAGAAGAAAAGGUUGAAGAAUAUGUGAAAGUACAUAACUUAAAAUACAAGCUUGUAUUCUGACACUGUAAAAACCACAAAACCACGUUAUAUGUCGAAGCCAAACACUUUGGGUUAGAUUAGCCUGUCACUCAUGCUGCUGCCUGUUUAGAUACUUAGAUAUACUUCAUUGAUUUAUACUCAAUAUGUUGUUUAUCAUGAGUGAUGACACAGAUUACUAUAAACAUGGUGACAUUAUUAUUACUACUGCUGAUGACACAUUAUUCUUCAGACUUGCUCACUGAUUUUAAAGCGUGUUUUUCAUGCAUGAUAAAUGUGAUGUCUGGAUAAGAAGCAGUUCUUUUUGUCUUCUCGUAUGAACAUAUAUAUAUCCACAACAGAGAUAUUUGCUCAUCUUUGAAACUUUAUAUAUACAAACUAUGCAAUAAAUGCCAUUUCUUGAUAUGAUAUUAAUAUUCUUGACAGUGUAAUAGUAGCAUUUUAUUUCCUACUGUUCUGUAAUCUCAUCAAGUACAAUUUGGCAUCUCGAUACUGUGUAGUGUUGAGGUCUUGUCAUGGGAUGAUAAAUAUAUCAUUAAUCUUUAUCUCUUCUGAUGGGAUUAUUUAUCCGGCUGAAAAUGCAUUCAUAUGGAAGUUGUUAAUAGAUAUUAAGCAGUACACAAUCAUAAACAUGCUACUAUAUUUUCACAGUGUCUGUGUGUUGCACGCAGCCUUGCAUGCGCCAACAUGUUCGUGGGUUUGGCACAGUGUCUAUUAGUGAGUCGUAUUAAAUAGAAAUUGCCAUUCGUCACAGAUGUGUGCAUUGCUUAUUUAACUGGUCCCUCAGCCAGUCCGCUUGUAGGUAAAUGUGGAUUUGCACACACUGUAUGCAGGUUUGGUCUCCUGGGUUAUACAUGCGUGUGCAGCGUGUGGGCAGUGUGUGUUCGCUCACAUAUACACACAGAACACCUGGCUAUCCAUCACUGUCUGUCUUCCUCUCAGGCAGCAGAUGUUGCAACUCUGUCAUAAUUCUUUUGGAAGUUUGAAGCCAGACUGUGUCUUUAGGGCCCCUGGAGGUCUAACCUACUUACUCUGCAGUCGACACCUCACUAUAGCUAAUCGUGGCCUAACAUGUUGUCUUCCUGUGCAUUAACAUUACAUUAGAUUCGACUUUGUGCAUGAUAUGUAAGGUAUGCAGAGCCGUGUGCAGCUCUUUAAAGUGAAGUUUGAAAUGAGGUGAGAAUGAGGGAGUGGGAAGCUACUUCCAGUCUUGAUGUAUGCCUUUGUUUGGUGCCUACCUGUUCACAGCAUUAGACAGCAUGCCUUACAUAUUUUUUUCCCCUUUUUUUCUGACAGCAAGGUAAAUCUACUCUAAACAUGCCUUUUAAAGUGCUAUACAGUUUAUUUAUCUGUGAUGAUUCUAUACAAAGCAAUCCUUAAAUAACACUGUCUGUAUUACCAGAGAAAGCUUAAAAAGGAUGCACUGUCUCCUUUUAGAGGUGGUUCAAUGGGUAGCAUGUGCCUGGUAAUGCUUGCCUCAAGCACUUGUCUUCUUUCGCUUCACCAGCUGCUGGAAGAUAAACAUGUCACAUGCUUUCAUUCUGGUGCUUUUAUAACUCCUCAAGACACAAGCACUUCUUGGUACACGGAAAAAGUGACCGCGUUUUGUGGUAGACACAAAGACCUGCAUCUGAGAUUUAUGUCUGGAGGAAAGAGAGAGCGGUUAUGGCGAUAGAUAUGCAGAAGCACGUUAUCAAUUUUCACAAAGCUGAAAUAGGCAAUGUUAUGAAUUAAUUUUUUAUGAUAUUUGUAAGACUCGAGCAAUGAAUGGAGAGAGAGUUAAUCUAUAUUUUAAUUCCAGAAAGAAUGUUGUGAGAAAUAAUGGAAAUUGGAAGCAGCAUGGCAUCAGAGUGACUGACGUUCUAAAACUGCAUUAUAGUCUUGGAAAGUUGUGUUUUGCCUGAACAAGUUUGAUAGAAAUAACACUUUAUAGAGGUUUAAUAAAAAGAAAUAUAGUUCUGUGCAAAAGGCUCGACCACUGUCAUUUCUUUAUAUUUCGGUAGGAAAAUGGGAAACUGGUGCAACGAUUUAUAGAAAUGUGUAAACAUACGUGCAAAUAAAUGAUAUAAGUCAAAAA